AUGCUGUGGAAAUAUUGUGUGAGUCCGCUGGCUGAUCGUUGGCAGAUCGAUUAUGGCAGAUUGUACAUGUAUGAUCAUCGGAGAUGUCAUAUUGACUCUUCGACGUUUCACCUUCAACUUUCAAUUUUCUUUUUCGUUCUCUAUUCUUUUUUUCUGUUCUCUUUCCAUUUAUUUUGUCAUUCUAUUUCUCCUUUCUUUCUUUCUUUCUUUCUUUCUUUCUUUCUUUCUUUCUUUCUUUCUUUUCCCACUUUCUUUUUCUUUAUUAAUGAUUCCUCACUAGUUUCCUUUCCCCAUUACGCAUCUCUUUUCGUUACCCCUUCAUUUUCCCUUUAUUCUUUUCUUUUUUUUUUACACAUACUCUUGAAUUUUCUAAAAAUUCUCACAAUUCUUUCUUUCUUUCUUUCUUUCUUUCUUUCUUUCUUUCUUUCUUUCUUUCUUUCUUUCUUUCUUUCUUUUCCCACUUUCUUUUUCUUUAUUAAUGAUUCCUCACUAGUUUCCUUUCCCCAUUAA